AGCGCGCGAGUCACGAGUGCCGACGCGGCCGACCGCGGCGACAUGGCUUCGGAGCGGGACGUGCGCGCCCGGCUGCAGCGCGCGGGCCAGGAACACCUGCUGCGCUUCUGCGCCGAGCUGGCUCCGGGGCCGCGCGCCGCGCUCCUGGCCGAGCUGGAGGCGCUGGAGCCCGAGGCGCUGCGCGAGCACUGCCAGCGCGCGGCUGCGGCCCGCGCGUGCCCCCCGGGCCCGGAGCCCGGCCUGGCCGCGCGCCUGCGGCCCCUGCCCCCUGAGCGCGUGGGCAGCGCGAGCCGGUGCGACCCUGAGACGCGGCGGCUCUGGGAGGAGGAAGGUUUCCACCAGAUCGCCCUGAGCAAGGUGGCUGUGCUGCUGCUGGCUGGUGGGCAGGGCACGCGCCUAGGCGUGACCUACCCCAAGGGCAUGUAUCAGGUGGGGCUGCCCAGCCGGAAGAGCCUGUACCAGCUGCAGGCAGAACGGAUUCGGCGGGUGGAGCAGCUGGCCAGCGAGCGCAGCGGGACCCAGUGCGCCAUACCCUGGUACAUCAUGACAAGUGAGUUCACGCUGGAGCCCACCGCCAGGUUCUUCAAGGAGCACGACUUCUUCCACCUGGACCCCAACAACGUGAUCAUGUUUGAGCAGCGCAUGCUGCCUGCUGUGACCUUUGAUGGCAGGGCCAUCCUGGAGAAGAAAGACAAGGUUGCCAUGGCCCCAGAUGGCAACGGAGGGCUGUACCGCGCACUGUCGGACCACCAGAUUCUAGAGGACAUGGAGCGUCGGGGAGUGGAGUUUGUGCACGUGUACUGUGUGGACAACAUUCUCGUGCGGCUGGCUGACCCUGUCUUCAUCGGCUUUUGCGUGCUGCGCGGCGCAGACUGUGGGGCCAAGGUGGUGGCAAAGGCGUCCCCGGAGGAGCCCGUGGGGGUGGUGUGCCAGGUGGACGGAGUCCCUCAGGUGGUGGAGUACAGCGAGAUCAGCCCCGAGACCGCACGGCUUCGCGGGCCCGAUGGGAGCCUCCUCUACCACCUGGGCAACAUCUGCAACCACUUUUUCACUCGAGGCUUCCUCCGGGCUGUCGUCAGUGAGUUUGAGCCCUUGCUGAAGCCACACGUGGCUGUGAAGAAGGUCCCGUACGUGGAUGAGGAGGGAAAUCUGGUAAAGCCGCUAAAACCAAACGGGAUAAAGAUGGAGAAGUUUGUGUUUGAUGUGUUCCCGUUCGCUAAGAACUUCGUGGCCUUCGAAGUGUCUCGGGAGGAGGAGUUUUCUCCUCUGAAGAAUGCUGCCUCGGCUGCUAGCGACAACCCCACCACGACUCGGUGUGCCCUGCUCCUGCAGCAUUACCGCUGGGCCCUGCAGGCAGGGGCCCACUUUCUGGACGCGUGUGGGGCGCGGCUCCCUGAGCUGCCCAGCUUGCCCAGCAGCGGAGAGCCUCCUGCCAUCUGUGAGAUCUCGCCUUUGGUAUCCUACUCUGGAGAGGCUCUGGAGGUGUAUCUGCAAGGCCGGGAGUUCCCAUCCCCGCUGAUCCUGGAUGAGAACCGGGCCAGGGCUCUGCAGCCCUGACUUGCUCUCUGGCCUGCCAACCCCGGGGUCCUGAGGGGUGGCGCCGCUCCCGUCAUCGUUCCCGGGGACACAAGUGACCAAACAGGGCUCUUUGGCCGUGCUCCUGGCUGUGAGGUCUGGGCGAGAGGCAGAGGUGCGGCGUCCUCGGGGAGGGCAGCAGGCCUGCCUCUGUCGGAACGGAGACGUACGUGAGGACGGCGGCACCUCAAGCCCUACGCGCAGAUCCGCCCGGCGGGGAGCGCCGGCCACCCCAGCUUUUCUGCAGACCCACGGACGGACGAGGCGAGAGGAGGGGACGGUGUCCGUCCCCCGCAGGGUGACCUACCAAAGUGGGACCAAUCCCAGUGGCCGCACGUGGUGGCUAAUUAGUCUGAAAUAUAAGCAGGCGGGGAGCACCGUCCCCCAACCAGCUUGCCAGUAGCUUCCGACAGAUCUUGGUGCUCACGGACCUCCCGCGCUCUCUGGAGGGAGACACAGACUCCACGUACGGGGCCACGGUCCCCACGCUGUACCCCUGCGGCCCCACCGAGGCUGGGGAAGACCCGCUGGUCCUGGCCCCUAGCCCUGCUGCUCCGGGCCCCAGUGCCUGCUGCUCUCCCCUCCGGAAAGCAGCACGGGGGCACCUCCCCGCCCGCUGACGCGAAGGGCGGCGUGGAAUGCAGCCUGCCGCCCCGCCAGGCCGCCUGCUCCCACGCCCUCACGCUGCGGCGACACCCCCACGGAAGCCGGUUUCCCCAGGGCAAGGAUGUCACCUGGGCGGUGGGUUCAGAGGCUGCUGACUCCUCCAGUGGCUUGUAGUGGACCAGCGGAGGGUGGACGUGUGUCCCCGCACCCGGACCUGGGCGUGGUGGCGGGGUCGGGGCCAGGCCCAAAGCCCGGAGGAGGACUCUGCUCCCACCCGCGCUGUGCCAGUCCUUCGCAGACCUCAGAGCUGAACCGCGUGCCUUACGACGCUUCUCCCAGCUGCUCCGCUGGCAAGCAAAGGGCCUGGGACAGAGGAGGGCCAGCCAAGGCGGGGGCCCAGGUCCGGGGUCCUGCCCACAGCUGCUGCUCCUCACUGCCACAGCCCAACGACCGUGCAGCCUCUUUCCUACACCAGCUGGGGAAGCUACUGAAAUGGCCUGUUUUUAAAGACCCCGUUUAUUGUACAAGAAUUACAGCUGCGCGUAAAGUUUCAAACACGGCCCAGAGAUCCGGGGGCACAAGAGCCUUCAGAAAGGCUUUUCCACAGGGUUUGCAGCUUACAGGAUUGAAGCACGUCCCCAAACCAGGAACACGGGUGGAGCCCUAGGUCACUGCUCACAGGUGCGCGCUGCUGUGCACACUGCACUCAAGAGGCAGGACGGGCCCCUCAGCACAAAACUGUCCCUCCCCAGACAACCGAUAAGGAAGCCACGGACUUCUGAGAGGCUGCCAAACUCUUUGAUUUCCCACAGAACGUGGCGGAUUCCCAAUAAACGCAAGAUGCCGUGAUUGA